AUGGCGGCAACAUCAGCUACGGUACCUCGACCACAAAACAACAUGGUUCUAGCGACAAGUCUGACUCUAUCAAUUCGCCAGGACGCAAACGACGACCCUAACGUUGGCAGCGCGCAGAAUGUGUCGUCUUCUGCUACCGGUCUCCUUUCUACUCUAGCUCCAGUUGCUCUGGUAGCAUUGGUCUGGUUCGCAUUAUUCUUGAUCUUCAGAAGAUGGUUCCCGAGAAAUUAUCGCCCGAGAACCUUCCUGGGCAGUAUACAGGAGCGCGAACGAUCGCCUAAACUGCCGGAUGGACUCUUCGGUUGGUUCAGUAACUUCUUCAACGUUCCUGAUAGUUAUGUUCUCAACCAUCACUCUCUGGACGGUUACCUUUUCCUGCGUCUUUUGAAGAUGGCUGUCAUUACUUGCGGUGGAGGCAAAUCGCAACUCGACAUUCUUACACUGGGAAACGUAACGAACAACUAUUACAAGAUGUUUGCGCACACUGGUUGUGCCUACCUCUUCUUUGAGAGUAUCUACUACAUCAAUCUGCGCCAGGCAUAUCUGCUAUCGCCAUACUAUGCUAGUCGCCUCUCGUCGCGUACCGUUCUUUUCACCUCCGUGCCAGAUGAGUAUCUGAACGAAACGAACCUACGCCGAAUGCUUGGAGAGUCCGUUGAAAGAGUCUGGAUCCCUACCGAUACCGGAGAUCUCGAGGAUGAGGUCAAGGAGAGAGACAAGACAGCACUCAAGCUCGAAGCCGCCGAAACCAAGCUUAUCAAGGCUGCAAACGCUGCUCGGCUGAAGGUCAACAAGAAGAAGGCAAAGAAGGACAACGAAGACAUCGCUCUGGAAGAACUAACACCUGACGUCGAAGGUGGCUCUGCAGCUUCUCGCUAUAUCUCUGCAAAAGACAGACCUACGCACCGUUUGAAGCCCUUGAUUGGAAAGAAAGUAGACACCAUCGAUUGGUGCCGCGCAGAGCUGGAGAAGCGUAUUCCCAAGGUCGAGGAGAUGCAGAACAAGCACAAGGCCCUUGACGGCGUCAAGAAAAUCAAUGCAGUCUUUGUCCAGUUCACCACCCUGCAGGAAGCUCAGUCUGCCUAUCAGAGCUUGACACACCACCAGGUUUUACAUAUGGCUCCUCGCUAUACUGGAAUGACUCCUGGAGAAAUCAUCUGGAGCAACCUCCGCAUCAAAUGGUGGGAGCGAGUCCUCAGGGUAACAGCAACUAUCUCCUUCGUCGUCGCUUUGAUCGUUUUCUGGUCCUUCCCAGUUGCUGCUGUCGGUUUCAUCUCCAAUUUGGACAACCUCAAAGACUGGAGUAGUGGCAACCCUCCGACUACGUUCAAAGAAGGAUUCACCUGGUUGAACUGGUUACUCGCUCUGCCACAUGUCAUCUUUGGAGUCGUGUCAGGUCUCUUGCCUACAGUCGCCUUGGCCAUCUUGAUGUCUGUACUUCCAAUAAUUUUGAGGCUAAUGGCGAGGCUUGGAGGUGAUCCGUCUCUUUCCGCCGUGGAGCUUACAGUACAGAACACCUACUUCGGCUUCCAGGUCGUACAGGUGUUUUUGGUCGCUACUCUCGGUUCCGCUGCAUCUUCAGCUCUUGGUUCGAUUCUGCCGAACCACAUUGAUCAGAUUCCUACUCUACUGGCUUCGAGUAUCCCUAAGGCUUCCAAUUUCUACCUCAGCUACUUCGUGCUUCAAGGCUUGGGUGUGGUUUCGGGCACAUUGCUCAAUCUUACUGGUCUCGUCGUCUUUAUUAUCCUUGGAAAGUUCUUGGACAACACACCUCGCAAGAUGUACAAACGAUGGACUUCAUUGGCCAGCAUGAGCUGGGGCACUGUUUUCCCUCCUUACACCAACCUCUUCGUGAUUGCUAUCUGUUACGCGAUCAUUGCUCCUCUGGUCCUCAUCUUCGCGGCUAUCGGUCUUUACCUGUUCUAUCUGGCUUACCGUUACAACCUACUGUACGUCUCGAACGCUAACAUUGACACUAAAGGACGUGUCUACCCUCGUGCUCUGCAACAAGUAUUCGUAGGCCUCUACAUUGCUGAAGGUUGUCUGAUUGGAUUGUUCGCCAUUGCUACUGGAUCUUCCGUAGGAGCAUUGGGACCUCUGAUUCUAAUGAUCAUCUUCUUGGUGUUUACAGCUCUUUAUCAUUUGUCAUUGAACGCCGCUCUUGAGCCUUUGAUCAACUACCUGCCCAAGAGUCUUGAAGCCGAAGAGCGUCGUCUACUAGACGAGGACGAGAACGCUGAGAGAGGCGAGAAGGGCAUGGUCCCUGACACGACUACUGAACUUGGACCAUCACCUCAUGCCAAGCCUACCUUCUGGAAGAAAUUCCUUCGUCCUGAUGUCUACACCGACUACGCAACGAUGCGCCGCUUGGUCCCCAAGACGAUUAGCAUUAGAUAUGAGUCCGAGGAAGAGCAGCAUGCCUACUACAACCCGGCAGUCACUGCAGGACCACACCUUCUAUGGAUCCCUCGCGACCCUAUGGGUGUGAGCAGGCAGGAAGUCAGAGACACAAGCAAGGUGAUCCCAAUCACGGACGAAGGUGCCACUCUUGAUGAGAAGAACAAGAUCGUCUGGGAUGCUGAGGAUGGUCGUCCGCCCAUCUGGGAGCGCCCAGUCUACUACUGA